UGGUUGUUGGUGGAAGUUAAGCUAAAAUGUGGCAUUUGUACUAGCAAUGGACUGGUUGUUAUUGUAGCUGCUGUAUCAUAACAUUAUGUGAAGCCAUAUUGUGACAGAUGCAGUGCAGCAAUGAGGCGGAGCAGCAGCACUUCCAUCUCCCAUGGUGGGCCAGUGGUGGCGGUGUGCCUUGCUGCUUUGCUCCUCAGCAACGCCCUGAUCUACCUGUACCUGGACUCUCUGUAUCACACUGAUGAGCAGCUGGUGUCCUCACAUGCAGGCUGUGAACCUCGACACUUUAAAAUGGUGACCAUGAAAAACUGCACCCCCUGGCUGCAGUGUUCACAGAUAAACGCUGAAGUACGCAAGCUGAAGCUGAUUGGCCAGGGAGCUGUUAAGAACGUGUAUCUGGCAGAGUGGAGGGGUCUGAAGGUGGCUCUGUCCAAACUGUCCUCUCUGGAUUACCUGGACGAUUUCCUCCAUGGGUUGUCCAUGUUACAGGCCUUGCAGGGCCCUCAGGUGGUGCAGUUGGUGGGGUUUUGCCUUGAGGACCACACCCUGGUCACUGAGCACCACCCACUUGGCCCACUGCUGAACUUGGAUAGUGUUCUUGCACAUGAGCAGCACCAGCAGCACAACACAUGGCAGAUCCGUCUGAGGCUGGCGACAGAUUAUGUGUCUGUCCUCCAUUAUCUCCACAGUAGCCCAGCCGGGCGGAGAGUCAUGUGUGAUUCAAACAGCCUGGAGAAAACUCUGUCCCAGUUCCUGCUCACCAAUGACUUUCACCUGGUAGUGAACGAUCUCGACGCACUGCCUGAGGUGGACUCAUCUAGAGGCGUGUUGGUGAAAUGUGGUCACCGAGAGCUCACCGGGGACUUUGUUGCCCCAGAGCAGCUGUGGCCGUACAGAGACCAAGGAAAGCCAUUUUCAGAUGAACUCAUGCCUGGGUAUGACGAGAGGACAGACAUCUGGAAGAUCCCUGAUGUGACAUGGUUCCUGAUGGACCGGGUUCCUGGAGGGGAUGUAGUCCACUUCCAUCUUUUUCAGAUCCACGAGGAGUGUAAGAAGGAGGACCCCAAGCUCCGUCCCUCAGCUCUGGAGGUUUUGAAGGUGUACAAAUCAGUCUACAGCAGCAUGGUGCGAGACAAUGCUGGCCUUAGAGACAUGCUGUAGAGUCCAUGUCUUCAUGUCUGACUCAAAAAGACCCAUGAAUGUAAAUCAAAAAUUCAAGCUACAAUUUUAUAAUGUUGUGUGGUACAAUAAAUGCUACUGGGUUUGGAACCAA